AAACUUUUAGAACCUAUAGAAACAACUAAUAAUGUCUUGGGACGACGAAGACUUCGAUGUGCCUACCAGCAAGCCAGCUGUUGCUUCAUGGGAAGAUGAUAUUGUAGACGAUGAGCCACUUUUAGAUUCCUGGGACGUGGAUGAAGAUGAAGAAGAACUCAAAAAGAAGGAAGCUGAGGCCAAGAAGAAAGCCGAUGCCCUUAAGAAAACCGUUCCUGGUAAGGGGAAGAAGGCCGCUGCUAAAUCCCAGCCACUGCGUAAGAUUUUGUUGGAUAUUGACAAAGCUGACGAGAAGACCAGAGCUGAAUUGUUGAGAAAAGCCGAAUUAUCUUCUGAUUUGAAGAAUGCUUCUGACCUAUUUGGAGAUCUUUCUGUUGGAGAUGACGAAGAUUUCGACCUCAACGCACAUCCAAGAGAAAGAGCGGCCAAGCUCGCUGCUGCCCAAGCCGCUUCGUCUCCCGCCGCCAAACUUACAAGGGACACCCCUCUUGAUGUGCAUCCUCUUUUCCAAGCAGAGUCCAAACAAGACUACGAGAAGUUGAGAAAGGCCUUAAGUACCACCUUGACCGAUUUGUCCAAGGAGUCGUUGUUGAACUACACAUCGUCAUUGGCCAUUGAUUUGAUCAGAGACUUGACCAAGCCUAUGACCUUGGAAAGUGCUAGAAAAGUGAGUUCUACUUUAGCAGUCGUUAUCAGAGAAAAGGAAAGAGCUGAAAGAGAAGCCAGAUUGAAGAAAUCUGGAGGUACUUCCAUUGGUGGUGCUGGUAAGAAGAAGGCCAAGCCUGUUGUUAAGACCGCACAACCUUCUUUCAAAAAGGAUAUGGACGAUUAUGGCGAUGAUGACUUUGGUGAUGAUGACUUUAUGUGAUAAAAUGGUUGUGUUGUAAUUCGCAAAUCUCUUUUAUCUACUCGAUUCUUUAGAUAAACUAAUAAACUAAUCUAAUUAUCUGCCACGUACGUAGCACAGGAAGAGGGCAAGGUGCUCCACGCAUCGUCCACGUCAGGUUUCGAGUAUGGUUCGUACUUGGAAGCUUUGAUGAUUACGGGGAUAACUUCCCCAGUUUUCAUCGACCAUUUCCUGUGGUCAACAAUCUUGAGAAAUGCACUGAUUGUUCCUGAAUGCGUGGUGACAGAAAUCACCGUGUUAUUAUCCAGCGUGAAAAUUUCAUCCAACACCAACUCGGCUCUAUAUCGUACAUGUUUCAGCUUCUCAUGUUUGGUUGUAGUCCAUAAUUUGUCGUUUUCGGUAAACCCAUCUUCAAAGUUUGCAAACGGAUAGUUUUCCGAAAUGUAAGAUUUGGGAUGUCUCUUGCUUUCGGUUCCAAUGCCAUACUUUUCUCGAGCAUUCUCAACCACAAGAGGAAUUUGGUCUGAAUAGGAAAUCAACCCAUUCCAUGUGUAGUUGAAUGUCUGCAAAGUUCUUCUCAAAGGAGAGACAUAAAACGAUUCUGGAAGAGGUGCUCCUCCUGAAAGUUGAUUUUGCCAGAAGGUGUGCAAAUCCAGGGUUUCAGAAAUACCAUCAGGUGUGAGAAGCGCAUCGUACCAUUCGAUACCAUCAGCUCCAUCUUGUUCUUGCAUUACACAUUCCCAUUCUUCACUUGAAUAAUUAUCUGGUGCGAUGUUAUGAUAGCCUUCUCCAUGUCUGGCGAAGAAGAACAACUUGUAUUGGGUGCCAUUGUCGUUUUUGGCAUUUAAUUUGUCAACUUCGGAGGUUACAUCACUCCAGGUGGUACCUGAAACCAAACCGAAAUUGUCUUUCAUAAAAUCAAAGUCAUCGUUGUCCGUAGAACUAUCGUCCUGCUCAAAAAAACCCUUGACCACCAGGUAUUUACUGGGAACCAAAGCGUUGGAGCUCUCGAUCAGUUCAUUGGAGAUGGCGUUUGACACCAUCAAAUAGUCUAAACACAAAUACACCCACAGAACCCUCAUUAUUGAUAGCAAGUUUGACAUGACUUUGUACUCAUGUUAUAUAUUGAAUGGAAGUUGGAAGUCAAACAAUCAGGACAAUGCAAUUCCAAACCUAAAUUCCGCUCUGGUAAGAGCCCAUGUGGUCUCCAGGAAUUUAAUUACCACUGCAGUCUGUUGCAUACCAACAUGGCGGGCACCAUAAAGAGGCGGAUGGACAGCUGUCACAUCUAAUGUACUUUAGGGCCCUAUAUGCACAUCUGUUUAUACGCCGAUCCCACUUGUUGAUUGGAGAUGUGCCUUAAUUUUGGUGGGGCUAAUUGUUAGCGAUUCAAUUUUGGAAUUGUUUCGCGACUUGAUGCUGUAUGUCUAAAGUAUAUGCCAAUUCACAUAUAUAUUGUCUGUGUUCCCUGCGACAAGCUACGUACACCGAAGUAAUCGAGAAUCUGAAGAGAUGCCACUCCAUCCAUGACCUAUCUUUUUGCCCUUCAUGCCAGGUGCCCAAAUGCAAGUAUUGUAUCCAGUCGCAGAUGACGAAGAAAUUCUGUGCCAAUUGUAUGAGAGAUUAUUCCAAUACAGACGCCAUCCACUGCCUGAACUGUUCCACGUGUCCGUUAUGUGCAAGCAUGUUGACGGUUCUGUUGUCCGAUCGAGAAGUCAAUGGUGUUGUGGGUAAAGAAUUCAAUUUCGUGUGUACAGGCUGUGAUUUCGUCUAUGGAACUGAUGUCAUUACCAAACCCAAGUCAAUAUUCG